AUGCCCCGCAGCUCGAAUGCCACUUCCAGACAGCAGUUCAAGGAGGAAAUGCGUGCUGCCUGGGAGGCAGUUGACAAGUUGCUAGACCCAGAGCUGGUUUUUGGCAAGCGCCGUGGCCGCAGAGCGUCCUUAGCCUUGCAGUCGCGGCACGGCUACCAGUUUCUCUUGACGCACGCCAUCCGCUCAAGCAACCACCCCUUUGUCACAGGCAUGACAUUCUUGGGUGCUCUGGCUCCUCUCAUGAAUGGUGCGGCCGUUCAAGUUUUUCCUGGAGAUGCGUCCCCCGUCAACUUCAUUGCCACGUUAGUGAACUAUCCUCAAACACGCAAAUCCCAGAACAGAAAGUUGGUCAAGAUUUUGGCGGAUGCGCUAGAUGCGCAUGUUGCGGCUUUGGCCGAAGAAGCUGUUUCUCGCAGCCUUUCUGAGCAGGGCGACGCAGGUCAACACCAAGCAGACACAGCCAGUGCCAAAAGGUCUCGAUUGCGCGUGGCCAGUUCAACUAUCACGUGCUUCACGCCCGAAGUGUUUUUCGAGCGCUUCUCUGGCGACUUUCAACAACUGCACAAUGCCGACGACCUCGGUGUGCCGGACGGGCCGCUGUGUCACAGCCAUCUUUUCGAGCUGCGUGCGCCGGUUUCGAUUUCAAUCGCGGCUGUGCCACUCCGCGACACUGCGACGGAGCGGCUGCAAGGGAGCUGUGUGCCAGCGAUUGAACUCAAUGCCUCCUUCCACUUUGGCCGCAUCGCAAAUGUGGACGAAGCGUAUGCCACCUUUGCGGCAUUUGGCCUCAUCGCUGACGAUUCUCGCAAAGGUGCGGCCGCUGCAUUGGCGGUCAAUCAGCAUGCGGGCGCCCUGAACCGCUUGCUCCAGUUUGGAGAAUGCUCCAAAACUACAAAAACAAGAGGGUCGUUUGGCGAAGGGACCACCCCGGCAGUGAGCUCCACGAUCAUGUCAAAUAUGCAUCCGGAAGUCGCAGUGCCCAUGGAGAGGGCGGAAAUUGGCAACCACGUUGGGCGCACGAAGGAGCGAAUUGUCUUUUACACGGCGGAGCCUGUGCCGCCGCACAGUCCUUUGCCGCCUGAAUACAUCCUUGCUGAGGGUCACGCGCCUUGGGUCUGGGCAGAGUUGGAUCCUGACAUGGCUUCCUUGUGCGGCCUUAAGUCUUUGCUUGCUGAUCCAGAUGCUGCUGAGAAAGCUGUGGAAGAAGGAAAGAUGGCUAGAGCAUCCAGCGAGAACGAAACCUUUGGCCAAGAUGACGCUGACGUAGCGCGAGGUGUCCGGUUCUUGCCCGACGCAGCUGGCUACGAUAUGAAGCUGCCAGAUGGUGUUCAAACCAGAUGGCGCUAUCGUAUCGAACCAGGACAGCCGGCAAUGGUCAUGGCAGAAUACCGCAUCGGUGACCGUAAUGUCCCCUUACCUCCAGACCAUGCUCUUCGGCCCGCAGCAGAACGG